AUGGAGAGAAAGCCGUCGUCACCAUUAGCGCCGACUUUCAUGGUGUCUGCGCCUGGCAAGGUCAUAGUAUUUGGCGAACAUGCCGCUGUGUUUGGCAAGCCCGCCAUCGCAGCAGCCAUCUCCCUUAGAUCCUAUCUUCUCGUCACGACCCUUUCCAAGUCCCAUCGUAUCGUCAAGUUAAACUUCAGAGAUAUUGGCUUAGAUCACACUUGGAAAAUAGACACCCUACCAUGGGGCAUAUUCCAUCGACCUGAGAAGAAAAAGUUUUACUACUCCCUUAUCGACUCCCUCGAUCCCGAGUUGCUCGACGCUAUUAUACCGCAUGCAGAGGAGGUCUCCAAGCACCUCCCGGAAAAGCAGCGAAAGAUGCACGUUCGAUCUGCGACAGCCUUCCUCUACCUCUUUCUUUCGUUGGGGUCAUUGCAUAGCCCCGGGUCUAUCUACACUCUGCGAUCCACCAUUCCUAUCGGUGCCGGUCUAGGGAGUAGUGCUAGCAUUUGCGUCUGCUUAAGCACAGCGCUGCUUCUUCAGAUACGGACGCUUGCUGGACCUCAUCCCGACCAGCCGGCUGAGGAAGCCCAGAUACAGAUUGAGCGCAUCAGUCGUUGGGCUUUUGUGGGCGAGCUGUGUAUACACGGAGAUCCUAGUGGAGUGGACAAUGCAGUGUCUGCCGGUGGUCAGGCUGUUGUUUACCAAAGAAAAGGCUCCGGACCGCCAUCCGUCAUUCCUCUCAACAACUUCCCCAAGCUGCCGCUUCUCCUCGUAAACACUCAACAACCCCGUUCAACAGCGACACAGGUGGAAAAAGUAAGAGAACUAAGAGCAAAUCACCCUCACGUGACGGGACUGAUUUUGGAUGCAAUUGGCCAACUGACAAGCUCUGCUCUGGCCGAUUUGGAAACCAAUGGCAUGUCCGACAUGGACCGGUUGGGAACAAUGAUUCGUAUGAAUCACGGAUUGCUGGUCUCGCUGGGAGUCUCUCACCCACGCCUGGAGCGUAUCCGCGAGCUUGUGGAUCAUGCAGACGUUGGCUGGACGAAACUGACUGGCGCCGGAGGUGGCGGGUGUGCUAUAACGCUUUUUCGACCAGAUGCCCAAUUGGAAACAAUGAAGGAGUUGGGGAGGAAAUUUUGUAUCGACGGCUUCCAGAUAUACGAGACCAUCUUGGGCGCUGAUGGAGUCGCCGUACUUUGGCCUGCUCUUUUCCGAAGAGGCAGCGAUGGGAAGGGAGAUGAAGAGAUCAACCAGGAACUAUUUGAGAAGGCUGUAGGUGUAGAGGGCAUUGAGGCUCUGGUUGGAGUAGGAAAGUCUGAAAACGGGGAAGGAUGGAAAUUCUGGACUCGAACUGUUGAAGAUGAACGCGACCAGUCUCUUGACUACUGCCCCAGUUAA